CGCUCCGACGCGCGCUGUGUGCGCUGCGGGCCGCUGUAGCCACGCGUGGGCAGCCCUAUGUGCGCGUCGACGUUCCUUCCGAUGCGCUCGGCAGCCCCGUCGAGGCUAUGACCACUACACAACACCUGUCCUGAUAUGCUGAUGCAGGCCAGCUGAUGCUGCGAGCAGUAAUGCCAGCACAGUAUCACUUACGGGUCGAACUGUUGCUGUGUCUGGUGCUGGCGACACCAAGCCUGGCAGAGAGCCUGGCUGGAAUGAAAUCUCUCGGGGCGAAGGAAUGCUCUGGCUGUACGUCAAACUGUGCGGACAACGUGUGCAACGGCUGGCCGUCGACGUCAGCUGAAGAGUGUCAGCAGAAAUGUCUUGUGAGCGAGAUCCCCGAUGGUUGCACGGCGCCUGCCAACUACAAGUGCAAAUACGCGUGGUGGCAUGACAAUCCCGACUGGCAACCUGGGUGGUGCCAUAAUUUCGUAGCAUGCGACGUGGUGGACUCAUAUGACAGCACGCAAGCCCUUCUAUUCGAGGUGGAAACUUCCGCACCGACGCCAUCGCCGACCACGGGUCGCAAGUUGACAUACGGGUCGCUCACGGCCUCAACCUCUGUUGGGCCGACUACGGGGUGGUGCUCUCCUGGUUUAGGUGCGAAUGCCGAGCUCUGGUCAAACUUUCUUUGUGGCAAGUCUGCUGAACUAAUUCUCGCCGUGAGCCAGGACAGCGCUGGCUACUACGUUGAAACGACGCAAACUAGCACUGAUCCAUUUUGGGACCUUGCACCUGCGAGCAACUGGGAGCUGCCGCAACUUCGGGAUGAAGUCACAUUAGUUGCGGGCAUUGCUUGCGUCGGAGGAUACAACGCAGCCGGGUCUGUGACAAUUGACCUGCAAGACCACGUAAUUGCGCAUGGUAAUACUGUCACCCCGUACGGCUGGCAGCCUCAGUGUGAGGUAGAGUGCACGCAUCCAAACGGCGAAGUCUUCUCUGGUAGCACGUUCCCAGCGGAGUGCACCGGAGCGAAUCGCGUGGUUGUGCACGGCGGCGGCGCGUGUGGGGCCUGCCAUUUUAAGGAUCAGCGCAUCAACGUCAAAAUCAGCGGCACGCCCGCGCCGACGGUAUCUCCAGCACCGACGCCCGCGCCGACGACGCCCGCGCCGACGUUCGCGCCCACAGUUUCACCUCUUGUUGCUGACAACCUUUCGAUAGGCGACGCCGUCACGCUCUGGCUCUCGAACCGCGACGAGGCCAUCCGCAUGUACGGCCACAUCUCGACGUGGGCGACUGGGGGGGUGACGAGCAUGUCGUUUUUGUUUUGCGAUAGCAACUCUCCUGAGUAUUCCAGUUGCUACAACUCGGGCGCAUCGUCCUUUAACGAGGACAUCGGCGCGUGGGACACCUCCGGCGUCACGAGCAUGUACAGGAUGUUCUACCACGCUUACGCCUUUAACCAGGACAUCGGCGCGUGGGACACCUCUGGCGUUACGGGCAUGGACGGGAUGUUCUACUUCGCCUCGGCCUUCAACCAAGACCUCAGUGGAUGGGCGGUCCACAGCGUCACGACGAUGUACGAGAUGUUUCGCGAAGCCGAUGCCUUUAACCAGGACCUCGGCUGGUGCGUGGACGAUGACGUGGACCUGUACAGCGCGUUCAGUGGCACCGGGUGCUCGUCGACGUCGUGCGGCGUCCUGCAGAGACGCGCUCACGCCCGACGUGCGCGACGCGGCCACGCACGCGCACUACGAUUCGACGGUCGACAACCCCCAGGACCCAUCAAUUUUCGUCACUUACCACGACGCGCAAGCGUAUCCCGAAUACCUUAUCAAAUUCAAACAGGACGGCAAUCCGCCACCUCCUCCAAACUGCAAGCCGGCGCAUCCAGACUACCGCCCCAACGUCUUUCCUAACUACUAUGACUAAGCUCACUACACCG